AUGGUGCUGGAGGUGAAGAAGCGGGUGCUCGGCGAGGAGCAUCCUGACACACUGAUCAGCAUGGGCCAUCUUGCAUCAACAUACUCGAAUCAAGGCCGGUGGAAAGAUGCGGAGAAGCUGGACGUGACGGUGGUAGAGGCGACAAAGCGUGUGCUCGGCGAGGAGCAUCCUGAAACACUGAUCAGCAUGGGCAACCUUGCCUCGACAUACAUGAAUCAGAGUCGGUGGACGGAUGCGGAGAAGCUGGAGGUGACGGUGCUAGAAGCAAAGAAGCGUGUGCUCGGCGAGGAGCAUCUUGAAACACUGAUAAGUAUGGGCAACCUUGCAUCAACAUACCGGAAUCAAGGUCGGUGGACGGAUGCAGAGAAGCUGGACGUGGCGGUGCUGGAGGUGGAGAAGCGUGUGCUGGGCGAGGAGCAUCCUGAAACACUGAUCAGCAUGGGCAACCUUGCAUCAACAUACCGGAAUCAAGGUCAAUGGGCGGAUGCGGAGAAGCUGGAGGUGACGGUGUUGGAUGCGAUGAAGCGGGUGCUCGGCGAGGAGCAUCCUUCAACACUGAUCAGCAUGGGCUAUCUGGCAUCAACAUACUGGAAUCAAGGUCGGUGGGCGGAUGCAGAGAAGCUGCAGGUGACGGUGGUGGAGGUGAUGAAGCGCGUGCUCAGCGAGGAGCAUCCUUCAACACUGAUCAGCAUGGGCAACCUUGCAUCUAUAUACCAGAAUCAAGGUCAGUGGGCGGAUGGAGAGAAGCUGGAGGUGACGGUGGUGGAGGCGCAGAAGCGGGUGUUUGGCGAGGAGCAUCCUGAAACACUGAUCAGCAUGGGCAAUCUCGCAUCUAUAUACCGGAAUCGAGGUCGGUGGGCGGAUGCGGAGAAGCUGGAGGUGACGGUGCUGGUUGCGAGGAAGCGUGUGCUCGGCGAGGAGCAUCCUGAGACACUGAUCAGCAUGGGCAAUCUUGCAUGGACAUACCGGAAUCAAGGUCGGUGGACGGAUGCGGAGAAGCUGGAGGUGACGGUGGUGAAGGCGAUGAAGCGGGUGCUCGGCGAGGAGCAUCCUCACACACUGACCAGCAUGGGCAAUCUUGCAGCAACAUACCGGAAUCAAGGUCGGUGGACGGAUGCGGAGAAGCUGGAGGUGACGGUGAUGGAGGCGAGGAAGCGUGUUAUUGGAGAGGAGCAUCCUUACACACUACAGAGUAUGGACAACCUCAUUACAACAUAUCACAAACUGGGUCGGUUGUCUGACGCAGGAAGGCUCGAGGCGGAGGUAAGAGAGAUCAGGAAGAGACUCGUUCCGAUUGACCAUGAUGUAUAA